AUGUCUGCCGUCGCCCAGGAGGACUGCCACCACUUUGUGCUUUUGCAGCACGGCAUUUGGGGGACCGCGGCGGACUUCACCGCCCUCGUCCGCCGCGUUUUCGAGGAGGAAGAGCGACGGUACGACGGCACGCAUGCGGCGGCGGCCGCGCCACCGCCGGAGCCGACAGCCACGACGAAUAGGGACGGCGGUUGCCUCUUUGCACGGCGCCGCCUCACGUGCUUUGUCCCCGGCAGCAGCCGGCUGGUGGGCACUCACCGGAGCACCUGCAGCUGCGCUCGCCGGACUCUGGCAGAGUUUUUGCCCGUCUUUGGCGCCUGGCUGCGGGCGGCGGCGGCGGAUGGCAGUUGCCCCGCCUGCGUUUCUGUUGUGGGUCACUCCUUCGGGGGGAUCAUCGUUCGGGAAUUUUUGUACCUUCUGCUUGCCGCCGCGGGAGGGCCGGAGUUUGAGGACGGCGUCUUCGCAGAGGUGCGGCGCGUGCGUGCGAAGCUCGUGGAGCUAAACGUCACGUUUGCAAAUUUUAUCACCAUCGCGACGCCGCACUGUGGAGUGUCUCAGUGUCUGAGCCCCACCGUCUACUGGGGGACCCGGAUGCUCGCCGCGGUGUGUGCCCCGUCGCUGCGCGAGCUCCUCCUCACGGAUGCCGCGGCGGUGCUGUCGACACGGCUCAUUGACGACCCGCACCUCGCGGCUCUGCGUCUCUUUCGGCGGCGCACGCUCUUUGCGAACACCCAGAAGGACGUUCUGGUGGGGUUUGCGACUUCCGCCCUGUUGUGCGACGCCGCUGGGGGGGCGGACGCCCCGCCGCGCGCCUCCGCCUUUGCGGCGGGCGACGGUGCUUUCGCCGCGACGACGCUGCUGCCGCCGUUGCGCGGGGAGCGAGGCGGCGUGGCCCCAACGCACACGCUGCGCGAUUUGCGGUGCGAAGGCGCAGGGGCGGGGGAGGCGCCGCAAACGCACGAGG